UAAACCUUUCAUUGAUGUAUUAAAAAUGCACAUAUAUUUCACGAUCAACGAAUGACUGAGCAAAUGCAAAUGAGAAUGAAUACAAGUGAAUGCAAGUCACGUAUAUUUAUCCAAUUUAUACGAUUAGAAUUCCUUAAAACACGAUCCAUUUGUUCAUCUUUUUUAAGAAAAAUUGAUUAAAAAAUUUGUAAAUAAUUUGAAAGUCAUAAUAAUGAAAUGUACCGUACACUGCGUACAGAUGUACAUACAUUGUAAAUUAUUUUCUGAUGCAACAGCAAACACAACAAGUAGCACACAUACAAUUGAUAUGUUUUUAUUGCUGAGUGCAACGUGCAAGUACAUUCUUUCGAGCGAAUGAAUGACGCAAUGUUUACGAGUUUUCAAUAGAUUUACGCGCGUGCAACCGCGUCGCAACCGCAAAAUGAUACGGAGAGGUAUGUGUCAAAUGGCCAGUUCGAUUCAUUCGAAUCCUCAUGCCGAGGUAUACGAGAUGCCGAUGAACGUGAUUAUUAGACCUCUCCCAGCUGUAAUAAACGAAGAGAAGGUUCAGAGUCUAAUGAGUACGUUGAAAAACGUCGAGACCGAGCACACGGUUCCACCUAUUGAUGUUCUGUGGAUCAAAGGUAGUGAAGAUGGCGAUUAUUAUUAUUCCUUUGGUGGUUGUCAUCGUUACGCUGCUCACCAACGUUUAGGUAAAACGUCCAUUAAAGCCAAAAUAAUCCAAUCAACGUUGACAGACUUACGAUGUUACUUGGGGAAUUCUACACCGGACUUGAAAUAAUGUUUUAAAUGUCACACAUAUGUACGUAUGUGUGUAUAUUCGCAUUUUAUUAUACAUAUCGUUGCAGAUGUCGAAUUAAGAUUAAAUAUAUAGUAUUUAUCAAAAAAUGACAAAAAAAAUAGAAUUAGAAUUAAUUUACUUUUUACAUAGACAAAUAAUAUACAUAUUGGUGUACAUAAAUGUCUAAUACUUAUAUAAAAGUAUAUCUUGAGGAUCAAAGAAACUAAUUGUGCUUGUAUCAUCGUAAUAUUGAAUCAGUCAAAACAUUGGAUUCAAAUUAAAUUUGCUUUUGCAUUGACUGACCCAACAGAUAUAAUAUGCAUUGAUGUUCUUAUUCAUUAUACAAAAGCUUUGUGUGCAUUCUUUAUUUAUUAAAAGUUUUCUGCUAUUUUAUUCAAAGAUAAUUAAAUAAAGUAUUUUAUCACAGAUAGGAAGAAAAAAAGCAAGAUGAAAACAUCAAAUAGCACAAUUUUCAUUUGAUAGUUUUCUUAAAUUUGUAGUACGACAGUGAAUUGUGUCUGUGAUAAUAAAGAAAACUCAAGA